AUGUUCGAAAGUCCAGGGAAAACAAAGAGCGUUCGACAAGCCUGGUCAGAGAGCCAGGAAGAGUUGCACGAGACGCAACCGGUGUCUCCUGUUCAGAAAAGUGAGCGCGCUAAGAAGAAAAAGAAAAAGAGGAAGACCCAACAAAGCGGUGAACGUUCCGCUUCUGUCCCUCAGUUAAGCACCGAUACGCUCUCUGACACUGUUUGUUUUGAAAAUGGGCAAGACGAAUGCACUCUGAAUAACAAUGACGAGCCGAUAGUAAGGGGAAUCUUUCAAAUAGAGAAAAAGAGCCACGAUGUAGUUCUAACCGCCUCGCGAGUUACAUGGACUCCCAUCCGACCAGAGACCCAGCCAGGGGAUCCGUCUGUACCCAGGAAGGAGGCGUUUGUGGAGCUGCGGGACGUGUUUGGCGUGAAGACGAAGAGGCGGCGCUCCAUUGGCCAGAAGGUCGGCGGCACGCUGCUCGGCAUCACCCUCUUCUAUGUCCGCCGCAAGGGCACCAAACUCAAGGACGACGAGCUGCACCUCCACAACCUGAGCGUGGACCACUGUGAGGUCUGGUUCAAGCACCUGAAGGCCCUGCUCAAGGGUUUCAAGGAGAGGCCCAAGACGCUGAAGGUGUUUGUGAACCCCGUGAGCCACAAGAGGGAGGCCCUGCGGAUCUACAUGGACGACGUGGUCCCACUCUUCAAGCUGGCCGACAUAGACGCAGACCUUACAGUGACGGAGAGGAAGGGCCAUGCCCUUGCUGUUCUUCAAGAGUGCUCGCUGGAGAAGUAUGACGGGGUGGUGUGUGUCGGGGGGGACGGCUCGGUGGCCGAGGUGGCCCACGGGUUGCUGCUGCGGGCCCAGAUGGACGCGGGGAGGGACCCAGACUCCGUCUUCACGCCUGUCCAAGCAGCGCUUCCUCUCGGCGUAAUACCAGCAGGCUCCACAGACAUCGUGGCCUACUCUGUCCACGGAAGACGACAUGCGCUUACAGCUGCUCUACACAUCAUCAUGGGUCAUCGUCAGGCGGUGGAUGUGUGUAGCUUCAGCUCCAUGGGUCGCCUGCUUCGCUUUGGCUUCUCCGCCAUGUUUGGCUUCGGCGGCCGAACGCUGGCACUGGCCGAGAGAAACCGCUGGAUGCCCCCUGGACAGCGGCGCGAGUUUGCCAUGAUCAAGAUGCUGGCCCAUCUCAAACCGGAAGACUGUGAGCUGUCCUUCCUGCCUCUCAAGCCGACCUCCCAUGGAACUCAGGAAGCAGCAAAAACGGAAUCCAGUCAAGAUGCCAGAGAUACUGAUGAGGAUGGCUCGUGGGAGGCGACUCAGGGUCUGUUUCUGAACAUCAGCAUCAUGGCUAUCCCCUGCCUGUGCUCCAUGGCCCCUAGGGGCUUGGCCCCCAACACCAGGUUGAAUAACGGCAGCAUGGCCUUAAUACUGGCUAAGAACACAUCCAGAGCAGAGUUUGUCAAACACCUGAAGAGGUACAACAGCGUAAACAAUCAGUUUAGCUUUCCAUUUGUGGAGACUCAUACUGUGACAGCCGUGAAGCUGCGCCCGAAGACUCAGGGCCACUGGUCCGACGAGGUGUCUGAGGAGCAGGAGGAGGGCGACUCCAGGAGCGGCCCCAUCAUCUCCUCCAGCGAGGGCACCUCCACCUCCACCUCCUACCCCUGGAACAUAGACGGAGACCUACUGGAGGCCCCCUCCGAACUGCACAUCAGAGUGCAUCCCGAGCUUUUGACGCUGUUUGGAGAGGACCUGGAGGAAGUAGACGAGUCUCUCAUAAAGUGCAGCUGCAUCUGAGUCACGGAUAUGCGCACACACACAC